AUGUCUCGGCAACAGCGCAAAAAAAAUAAAUCAAGGACGCCCGAGCUGCGCCCCCAGCCCUAUGCGGAACGAAUCUGCGGGGUCGAAAGGAGCGAAAGGGAGCGCGCUCGGGGGGAGGAGAUCCGCAUUGAAUGCGCCAAAAAAAAAAAAAAAAAAAAAAAGUGCUACCUACCCAGCUAG